GUCACUCGGUGGGCGGGACAAAUGAACUGCUGCUGAUGAUGUUAUCAAGCUAUGCGCUGGUCGUUAGACAACAAUGUGACGUUAUGACAUUAGUUUGUAGAUUGUACCGCAAGAAGUGUCGGCGUAAAGAUGAGCUCGUUCGCAGGUCGAAUGAAGGAGUAUCCCACAGUCUCUCUGGACCGGUUCGACAAGGAGAACCUACACGCCCGGGCAUAUUUCCUGUCCCACUGUCACAAAGAUCACAUGAAGGGACUGAAGGGACCUUUGCUAAAGAGAAAGCUGCAGUUCAGUCGAACAGUCAGGCUGUACUGCUCCUUCGUGACCAAAGAGCUGCUGCUGAACAACCCAAAGUACGCCUUCUGGGAGGAGUACAUUGUUCCCCUGGAGCUGGAGAGCCCCACUCAGAUUUCUCUAGUAGACGAAGCAUCAGGAGAGAAAGAGGAGAUAGUGGUGACGUUGCUUCCUGCGGGUCAUUGUCCCGGCUCUGUUAUGUUCCUGCUUGAGGGGUCCAAAGGAAAUGUAUUGUACACAGGAGACUUCAGGUUAGCGACUGGAGAUGCAUCCAGAAUAGAGCAUCUACACUCUGGCAGCAGGGUGAAAGACAUUCAGAGCGUUUAUCUGGACUCUACUUUCUAUGACCCACGUUACUAUCAAAUACCAACUCGAGAGGUCUGUCUGAACGGCAUCUCGGAGCUCAUUGGAAACUGGAUCAGUCAGAGUCCGUAUCAUGUGGUGUGGCUCAACUGUAAAGCUGCGUAUGGAUAUGAAUACUUGUUCACCAACCUGGGAGAUGAGUUCAACACGCAGAUUCAUGUUAACAGUCUGUCAAUGUUUAAGAACAUGCCAGAAAUCCUGAGCUAUGUGACGACCGAUCGGAGGACACAGAUCCAUGCCUGUCGACACCCAAAGGAUGAGGAGUAUUUACAGGGCAACAGGCUGCCGUGUGGGUGCACGGCUGCAGAUGGGACUCCCCUUCGAAUCAUCAGCAUCAAACCAUCCACCAUGUGGUUUGGAGAAAGGACCAAAAAGACCAACGUUAUAAUAAAAACUGGAGCCAGUUCCUUCAGGGCCUGUUACAGCUUCCACUCAUCCUACUCAGAGAUCAAAGACUUCUUGUCCUACCUUCAGCCGGUCAACAUCUACCCCAGUGUGAUCCCCAUUGGUCGCACGCUGACUGAGGUUUCACAGCUGUUGAAGCUUAUGUGCAGGAACCAGUGUGACCAGACCUUCGUUUACAAGCCUCUAGGCGUCCUGAAGCGCAGCCGAGUGGAGCGGCCUACAUACGACACCGAUAUGGAUGACGAACUGUUCGACGGGCUGGACCUGGCACCAGUGAGGAAGAAGAUGUGGCGGACGAAAGACACAGGAAAAGAGAGAAGCCCUGAAAGAACAGUAACCCCUGAGUCUAUGGACCAGUCUUUGUCUGUGACAGUCACUGACCCACAGUCUGUGGGACACAACUACAUGGACUGCACUGAGUCCAAUGAUGAAGAGGAGGAUGAUGAAGAGGAGGAGGAGAAAGGUACCCAGGGAAAACCUGCACAAGAGAAAGUGACAGUAGACAGUGAGAAGACAGAGCCUGAGGAACAAAUGAAGGAAGAACGCAAAGAGAAUUGUAAGACUCCGAAAUGGGAAGAUUUCUUCAGCGCAGAGAUGCUGAGUGACAGCCAGAACAGCCAAUCACAUUCCUGCUGCUCUGCCGCCUCCCCCUCCAGGAUGACAGGGUCACAGACUCCAGAACUGUUCAGUGAUGAAGAAACUCUUGACAAUGAUGAGAAAUUCAGUCUGACCCUGUCCGCCUCUCUGUCCAACCACUCCUCUCAGAACAUGGACUCGUGUUUACCCGACACGCUGGUCCUCCUGCCGGAGGGGAGGGACCUAGCGAGCACGGGGACCAGCGUGAUGCCUCAGAACGAGGUGGGCGAUGGCCUUUCGGGGUCUCAGGCGUCGUCAGACUUUGAUAUUCCCGCCACGCCGGAGUCAAAGGUGCCACAACCCGAUGAACUCCUGCAGCUGUACAGGGCGCUGGCUUCAGGACAGGACGUGGUCCGAGGACGAGGAGGUCAGGACCCGCAGGACUGAGGGAGCAGCUGUUUGCUCUAUUAGACUAAUGGAGGCGAAGAAGCUGAAACAGGUUUGAUGCUGGAUGCAUAUAUUCAAACACUAAUGUAAACCUGCUCCCACACACAUUCCAUUCCUUAACCACAGACCUCAGCGUGUGUCACAGCACAUGCAUGCACUUUAGGCCAACGUUUAACUUUUGCACCUGCGCUCAUCACAACUGACAUUUCUCUGACAGUUUGAGGUUUGUCCUGCUGAACGCCUUCCCUCAUUGUUAACUUGUGUCAAAGCAGAAUCACCUUUUAAAUAAAGGUUUAUAUUUAACUAAA